AUGAUGGCUGGGAUCAUUAAUGCAGUGGUUAGACUGCUGUUCCUCUCAUGUAUGAUCAGAAGUAGUAAGUUUAACCUUGUACUCUUCAUUUUUUAAUCUUAUUUUUGUUGUGUACAGGUAUUACUGACACUUUUUCAUCUUCUUUCCACAGGUGUACACAUGAUUUUUGCCCAGCAGAGUUUUGGUAUUAGAUAUUCAUGUAAACGAGAUGUGGUCUGCUAUCAUAUUUGGCGGUUUAGCACGGACGAAACAGCUGACUACAUUUCUAUAGUCAGUAACGGAGAGAUCCAGAGAGCUCAAGCUUUGCAGGAUGAGGAUUCAAAAUGUACUUUGAGAAUCACACCUUUGAGUGUUGGACAUCAUUUCUGCAAGCGGAGACCAAUUCUCUUGCCUAUUUACAGUGGUGAGUAUUCCCCAUAUUGAAGUAUUAUGAGGAAAAUAAAAAAACGAGACGGUAAGAGGAAGAUUGAGAGGAGCAAAAAGAGACGUUUUCUUUUUAUUUCUUUCAGUUGUCUCCAACAGCUUGCAGUUAACCCUCACACCCGGUAAAACGGUGACCCUGCAGUGUGUCCUCCUCACCUAUAUACAGCAGGGACACUGCUACUCACUGGUGCAACAACAUGUCAGCCUGCUGUGGGUGGAUGAAACCGGUGCUAUAAUUCAGCAAGACUCACAACAUGGAAUAGAUCAGAAGUCUGCCUGCGAUGUUACUCUGACUGUCGCCUUUCUAAAACCUGAGACGAAGAAGUACAGGUGUCAGGCGACUGUUGAUGACCAAGUCCUGACCUCUGUGGAGUUUCGCGUGAGACUCCAAGGUCUGUAUGAUUCAGCCUUAGCAGAAUAAUCCUGUAUGUUUAACGCAAAGGAUAAUUAUUAAUGAGACAUGUUGUCGUGUUUGUGAAGCUCCUCAAGGAAAAGGAAGAAUCAUGAUUGAAGAAGAACCUGAAAGUCAAGGUCAAGGUACUGUACAAGUUCUUAAAGACUUUAAUCAAUGUGCUUGAGGACUGAAGAGAUUUCUUGUGUAUGGAAAUUCUCAUCAGUGAGUUUUUUUCAGAGGUUUGUCCCUAAUUUUGUUGUACUAUCACUGAACUACGUGAAGUUAACUUUCUCAUUUCGCCUCCUUACUGCUCUUCAGAUGUAAUUCAUGAAUUUAAAAACUCGUUUCAACAGUCAAAACCUUUCUUUCUCACUAGUUCAAUUUACUUUCACAGGUCGCAAUCACGACACAGUCGGCCUGGCUGUGGGGUUGGUGGGAUGUGCAGUUUUUCUAGCUGUAGUGGUGGUGUUUGUUGUGAACAGAAGAAGAAGAAGUAAGUGUUUGUUACACUUCCUGAAGGUAUAGAAAAGCUCUGUAGAAAUCCUCACAAUACAACCUCUAGGUUCCCACGUAUAGACAUGUCCAUACAUGUCUACUGUCACUUCCAGGCAUGCGCCCUCAUGUACACAUCACCUUACACAACCGUGCUUUGUGGUCUUUGAGGCAAUAGUGACCUUGACACACAGGCUGUAUUGUAUGGGACAAAAUUUUGCAAAUGUGGGGUAAUGUGACAGUUCCUUAUGUAAUAGAGGCUGCAGAUGUUGGACAAUCAGUCCUCAUGAUGUUGUAAAUACUGUUUGUUAUGAUCAUGUACAAGUCCGUCAAAGUCUGUACGAUACUGAUCACAUUUGGUCUCUUUUUGUAGGCCAGCAGCUGCCAAAAGAGACACAUUACACAACCGACACCAACAAUGUAAGUACACCGCACUUCCAAAUAUAAAAAGACAAAACUCUUGUGUGCUGUCAGUCACUACAAGCAUUUAAAUGUGUGUCACCUUAGGUUUCGGAUGCAGAUGACGUGAUCUACGCGGAUAUCAUGAUACCCAGUGAAUCUAACCGAGUUUUGGUCCUUGAGUCUGAGUCCUCCGAGUAUGCUAGUGUCCGCUAUAGAUAA